GCAGAGCGCGCACUCUCGGCGGUGCACACGCCGCUCCAACUCUCAGGCGCGCGGGGUGCGUCCGCCCGCCGCCGCCCCGGCACCGGGAGGCAGAGCGAGCGCUUUGUCCGCACGCCCGCCCGGGACUCUGCCCGGAGGAGGCAGCCGCGCCGAGUCCCCGCCUCCGCCUCUGCCCCCGGGCGGGCCGGGCCGGCCGCGGUGGGGGGAGCCAGGCUGAGGGCGAGGGUGGGGGCGGGGGCGGGCGCGGGCGCAGGAGGAGAGAGGAGGGCAGCCGAGGCGGCGGGAGCGCCGGGUGCCGGGCCGGGGGAGCCGCGGGCUCUCGGGAAGACGCGGAUGAUGAACAAGCUGUACAUCGGGAACCUGAGCCCCGCCGUCACCGCCGACGACCUCCGGCAGCUCUUCGGGGACAGGAAGCUGCCCCUGGCGGGACAGGUCCUACUCAAGUCCGGCUACGCCUUCGUGGACUACCCCGACCAGAACUGGGCCAUCCGCGCCAUCGAGACCCUCUCGGGUAAAGUGGAAUUGCAUGGGAAAAUCAUGGAAGUUGAUUACUCAGUCUCUAAAAAGCUAAGGAGCAGAAAAAUCCAGAUUCGGAACAUCCCACCUCACCUGCAGUGGGAGGUGUUGGAUGGACUGUUGGCUGAGUAUGGGACUGUGGAGAAUGUGGAACAAGUCAACACAGAUACAGAAACUGCUGUUGUCAACGUCACCUACACAACAAGAGAAGAGGCAAAGAUAGCUAUUGAGAAGCUAAGUGGGCAUCAGUUUGAGGACUACUCCUUCAAGAUUUCCUACAUCCCCGACGAAGAGGUGAGCUCCCCCUCACCCCCUCAUCGAGCCCGGGAACAAGGCCACGGGAGCUCUUCUCAGUCCAGACAGAUUGAUUUCCCGCUGCGGAUCCUGGUCCCCACCCAGUUUGUUGGUGCCAUCAUCGGAAAGGAGGGCUUGACCAUAAAGAACAUCACUAAACAGACCCAGUCCCGGGUAGACAUCCACAGGAAGGAGAACUCUGGGGCUGCAGAGAAGCCUGUCACAAUCCAUGCCACCCCAGAAGGGACAUCUGAAGCAUGCCGCAUGAUUCUUGAGAUUAUGCAGAAAGAGGCUGAUGACACCAAGCUGGCUGAGGAGGUUCCUCUGAAAAUCUUGGCCCACAACGGCUUUGUUGGAAGACUGAUUGGCAAAGAAGGCAGAAAUCUGAAGAAAAUUGAACAUGAGACAGGGACCAAGAUAACCAUCUCAUCCUUGCAGGAUUUAAGCAUAUAUAACCCGGAGAGAACCAUCACCGUGAAAGGCCCCAUUGAAGCCUGUGCCAGUGCUGAGAGAGAGAUCAUGAGGAAGCUGCGUGAGGCCUUUGAAAACGACAUGCUGGCUGUUAAUCAACAAGCCAAUCUGAUCCCAGGGCUGAACCUCAGUGCACUUGGCAUCUUUUCAACAGGACUGUCCGUGCUUCCGCCACCAGCAGGGCCCCGUGGAGUUCCCCCCAGUCCUCCCUAUCACCCCUUUGCUACCCACUCCGGAUACUUCUCCAGUCUGUACCCUCAUCACCAUUUCGGCCCAUUCCCGCAUCAUCACGCCUACCCCGAGCAGGAGACUGUGAGUCUCUUCAUCCCAACUCAGGCUGUGGGUGCUAUCAUCGGGAAAAAGGGGGCACACAUCAAACAGCUGGCUCGGUUUGCUGGUGCCUCCAUCAAGAUCGCUCCAGCAGAAGGUCCGGAUGUCAGUGAGAGGAUGGUCAUCAUCACCGGGCCCCCUGAAGCCCAAUUCAAGGCUCAGGGACGGAUCUUUGGGAAACUGAAAGAAGAAAACUUCUUUAAUCCCAAAGAAGAGGUGAAGCUGGAGGCCCACAUCCGAGUUCCCUCGUCGACAGCUGGCCGGGUGAUUGGCAAAGGCGGUAAAACCGUGAAUGAGCUGCAGAACUUGACAAGUGCAGAAGUUAUCGUGCCUCGUGACCAAACGCCAGAUGAGAAUGAGGAAGUGAUCGUCAGAAUUAUCGGGCAUUUUUUUGCUAGCCAGACUGCACAACGCAAGAUCAGGGAAAUUGUACAGCAGGUGAAGCAACAGGAACAGAAAUACCCUCAGGGAGUCGCCCCACAGCGCAGCAAGUGAGGCUCCCACAGACACCAGCAAACAACAGAUGAAUGUAGCCCUCCCAACACCUGACAGACGAGACCAAACAGCCAGCAGAUCGGGAGCAAACCAAAGACCAUCCCAAGGAGUGAGCAGUCUGCAGAGCAGCCAGGGCCUGCAGACCCCUACACAUCCUGGGAUCCAGGAGGGCACAGGGAAGGCCAGGUUCUCCAGAAACACCGCUUGGCCUACCCCCAGCUUCCCCUGGCUUCUGCAGGCGUAGCAGCCAUCCACUGCCCAUCCAACUCAGAUUUCUCCUCCGCUCCCAGGACGGCAUCCCUUUCAGCUGAACUAACAUAGGUGAACAUGCUCAAAGCAAAGCAAAAUUCCUAGCCGUUUCUUUGUUGUGGAAAGUUGUCUCUGUACAUGUAUGUACAAAUCAGAAGGGGAAGGAUGUUAAGAAAUGUGGCCUGUGGGUUACACAGGGCGCCGGCAACAUUAAUAUAUUUUAGAAAUAAUAUAUCAAAUAACUCAACUAACUCCAAUUUUUACUCAGUGAUUAAUUUUGUUUUCUUUUUGAAGAGAAAGCAGGCUUUUUUAGACUUCAAAGACUAAGGUCUUAGGUGAGGUCCAUUGGUAUAGAAAGGAACUUUGAGCCACCCACACAAAAUUCACUUGGAGGGAACUCUCUCUUGUCAAGGACACUUAAUGGCAGUUGUGGGUCACCUGUGUCUGUCAACAGAAGGGAUACCGUCCCUGAGGAGGGGCCCUAGGCCCUGUCACCUGUUUAUCCCAUACACCCAUUUCUCGGCUUCACAGGUUUUAAACUGGUUUUUUUUUUUUUUUUUUACUUUUUUUUCAUAUUGCUAUAUAUUUCUGUCUAUCUCCCUCCCCUUCCUUCCUCCGUUCUCUACCCAAAAUUCUUUUGAAUCCCUUCCUUUUUCUGCUCCCCAUAUCUAUCCACCCCUCCCCCACCCCAGGCAAAGCAGUGCUCUGAAUACCAUACCACACACAAGGAACAAACGCGAACCACACAGACCAGCCUCACCUCACACUUGGUUACUCAGGCGAACAAGAGUCGGCGCUACUUGUCCUAGCAUUUGGAAGAGGAAAGCAGGAACCCAGCAAACAAACCAGCCAACCAGACACAGAAAAACUCCACAAAGAAAGAAUGUACUUUCCUUUUACAUCUUGGUAUAUAAGCCAUCAACACUUAGUGAAAUUAUUUCUUUCUUUAAAAAUUUAAAGCGCAGGAAAAUAGCAAUUUAUACAAACGAGGUUGUUGGCCCAGGGCGUUAAAUUUACAUUUUUUUUUUUUUAAUGAGAAAAACACACAAAUAAAGCUACCUCAGGUGUUUUUUACCUCAGCACCUUGCUCUUGUGUUUCCCUUAGAGAUUUUGUAAAACUGAUAGUUGGAGCAUUUUUUAUUUUUUUAAUAAAAAUGAGUUGAAAAAAAAAAAAGAUGAACUGCCAGCCCAGAGCAGGCGACAGCCCAGGUGUGCAACAGCACUUCUGUCUUCCGCUAGCCCAGAGCCUACGUGGCCUUCUUGUGGACAAACCUAAAAUGUUUAUUUUUUAAAAAACGACAAAGAAAAACAGAGACUAUUGGAGCCGUCCUGAAUUUCAAUAGGGUACGUGCCGUGAGGACUUUUGUGCUGAAGGAUGACCACGUCCUGGUUAUGUGGAGAAACCAUGACACUACCAGACUGCGAUGCCGGUUUCCUCUACUGCAAACAGUGUUCUGUGACAAAAAGAAAAAAAAAAAAGAAAAAAAUAUAUCCAAGCUAACAAGA